CGCCUCCCGCUGCUGCUGCUCGCCGUGGCGGUGUUCUUGCCGCCGCUCCUGUCCUCGCUGAAGGUGUCCCCGCUCAUAGAGAAAAUAAGUGACCACAAGGAUUUCAAGAAGCUUCUCAGGACGCGGAAUAACGUACUAGUGCUGUAUUCCAAAUCUGCUGCUGCUGCGGAUAGCUCACUCAGGUUACUGUCCAGUGUGGCCCAGGAGGUGAAGGGACGAGGCACCAUCAGCUGGAUAGACUGUGGUGAUACUGAAAGCCGAAAAUUAUGCAAGAAGAUGAAAGUAGAUCCUAAUUCAAAGGAGAAAGGAGUGGAAUUACUCCAUUAUAAGGACGGUGCAUUUCAUACUGAAUAUAACAGAGCUGUCACAUUGAAGUCCAUGGUGGCCUUUCUGAAGGAUCCAGAAGGUGCUCCGUUGUGGGAAGAGGAUCCCGAAGCCAAAGAUGUUGUGCAUGUUGACAGUGAAAAGGAAUUGAGAAGACUUCUGAAGAAGGAAGACAAACCCCUUCUGAUGAUGUUCUAUGCCCCGUGGUGUGGUGUUUGUAAGAGAAUGAUGCCAUCUUACCAGCAGGCAGCCACAGAACUGAAGGGUAAAUAUGUACUUGCAGGGAUGAAUGUUUACUCUGCUGAAUUUGAAAGGAUAAAGGAAGAAUACAAUGUCCGGGGAUAUCCUACAAUCUGUUAUUUUGAGAAAGGAAAAUUCCUGUUCCACUUUGAGAACUAUGGUGCUACUGCGACAGACAUAGCAGAGUGGCUGAAAAAUCCACAGGCACCUCAGCCCCAGGCUCCAGAGACUCCUUGGGCAGAUGAGGAAAAUGUAGUUUAUCACCUGACUGACGAGGACUUCGACAAGUUUAUAAAAGAUCAUUCAUCUGUGCUUGUGAUGUUCCACGCACCAUGGUGUGGGCACUGUAAGAAAAUGAAACCAGAAUAUGAGAAGGCUGCCGAGUUUCUCCAUGCAAGCAGUGAUGGUCCGGGUGUCCUUGCAGCAGUAGAUGCUACCGUCAACAAGGCCCUGGCAGAGAGGUACCACAUCUCRGGAUUUCCUACGCUCAAGUAUUUUAAGGAUGGAGAGGAGAAAUACACUCUGCCGCACCUCAGAACGAAGACAAAGAUCAUUGACUGGCUGCAGAAUCCUGAAGCRCCACCUCCGCCUGAGCCCGCAUGGGAAGAAAAGCAAACCAGUGUGAUCCAUCUUGCUGGAGAAGAUUUCAGGGAGUCCUUGAAGAAGAAGAAGCACACCCUUGUCAUGUUCUAUGCCCCAUGGUGCCCACACUGUAAAAAUGCCAUUCCGCACUUUACAACUGCUGCUGAAGUCUUUAAAGAAGAUCGAAAGAUCGCUUAUGCUGCAGUGGAUUGUGCCAAAGAACAGAACCAUGACCUGUGUAAGCAGGAGGGGGUUGAUGGUUACCCCACCUUUAACUAUUACAACUAUGGGAAAUUUGUGGAAAAAUAUACUGGAGAGAGAGGGGAAUCUGGAUUCAUCACUUUCAUGCGAACCCUUAGAGAAAAAGACCAUGAAAGAGUAGGAAAGAAGAAGGAUGAAUUGUAAUUUCUGCCUCAAAGGAAGCUUUCCGCUGCACUGUGAACGGUUCCAGGUCUAUCGUUACUGCACCUGAGACUUCACAUACUCUCAAGACAGAGACUUUUUUUUAUAAACAGCCAUGGCCAUUUUGUACAAUUUU